AAUUCUAGGGUAUAAAAGAUGGCAAGUCCAGAUAGAAGUAAGCGGAAGAUACUAAAAGCCAAAAAAACAAUGCCUGCAAGUUGCCGGAAGCAAGCAGAGAUGCUGAGUAAGUCAAAGAAUGCCGAAGCACUGAAAACAGCAAACGGGAAUAAUGUGUCAAGUGGUAAUCAGAAUUCAAGUACUGGUGUCAUAAACAGCAAAUGUGGACAUUCUGAAAAUGAUGCUUCUUUAUUGGACUCUAACAAAAAUUCAGUAUGCUCAGAGAAAAGUAAAGCAUCUUCUCAAAAAGUAAGGAAACCACUAGAAAUUGUUGAUUCAGGAACAAGAUUGGAAUACACUGAAGAACAAGUUGUGUGCCCUUACCAAAAGCCAAGUAAAACAGUAGAAUCUUCCAAGAAACUCUUUACCCAAAAGGCAAAAGAUUCACAAAACACUUCUGAAAAUGAUACUGAAUGUCAGACAGAUGUAACAAAAUCCUGUUUUGAACAACACAAAGAAGACUGUAAUCUGAAAUCCAUUUGCUGUCCAUCCAACGUAUUGAGUGGUAUGGUUCAAAUGCCCAAAACUACGGUAAACAAUACUUUGGAUGAUAAGAGAAUUGACAAGAUAGUUUCCUAUUUAGAAACAAAUUCCAAUUCUGAGUCGUGUGAUAAAAGACAACGUGACAUUUUAAGUUCAGAUACCCGUUUUGUGUCUGUUGAUAAAAUACCCAAGUUGGUGAAUUCAGUCCUUUCCAGUAACUGUGCUACCGACAUUUUGAAAAGUGAAGAAUCCCGUAGAACCUGUCAUUCCAACAUUUCAAAUUGUGAAAGUAUAGACUCAACACGGCUGUCAGCACUUGACGCUGAUAGUAAUAACAGCCAUAAUCAAAAGAAGAGGAUGUUUUCAGAAAACAAAGAAAGUGUUAAGCGCGUGAAAACUUCAGAGCAAAUUAAUGAAAAUAUUUGUGUAGCUCUGGAAAAGCAAACAGCAUUGCUGGAACAGGUCAAACAUUUGAUUCGACAGGAGAUCUGUAGUAUAAAUUACAAACUAUUUGAUAAUAAGCUGAAAGAAUUGACUGAACGCAUUGGGAAGACACAGUGCAGGAAUAAACAUGAAGCCAUAGCUGAUGAACUCUUCGCAAAAAUAUCAAAACUUCAAAGACGUAUUAAAGCAGUAUUGCAGUCUCAGAAGAAUUGCUUGGAACCAAAUGUAUUAGCCAGUAAUACAGCCUGCAAGGCUGCAAGUUCAGAGACCAUGAAUUUGGAUAAGAAUUCAGAGUCAGUCAGCAGUCCAGAUGAAGGAAAGAAUUCUGUGAGCUCUGGACCUUCGAACCCUUCAGAAGCAGCAAGUGAAAAGGUUAAUUUAUCACGGGAUCACGAUGAGGCUGUUUCGGAAAGUAACAAUGAUGAUGUUAUGUUGAUUUCUGUGGAAAGUCCUAAUUUGACAACUCCAAAUACAUCAAAUCCAACAGAUACUGGAAAAAACACAUCAGGAAAUUCUAGUACUUCACCUGGUGCUAAAACAGAUGUUACAAAGAAGAAAUUCGAUUCUGUGAUUGAUCUGACGAAAGAAGCCCUAUCAAACUGCAACACAGGAAGUUCAGCAUCCGCCGUGGAGUCACCUGCAAAAGCUGCUUUGAUGUCAAAGGAGACAACCCCCGUGGCACAAAAUGCAGCCCAGGUUCUUGAGUCCUUUGAGCACUUGCCACCUCUCCCAGAGCCGCCACCACUACUCCCUGAACUGGUAGACAAAAUCCGGGACACGCUUCCUCCCCAGAAGCCCGAACUCAAAGUGAAACGGGUGCUGAGACCCAAGGGCAUUGCCCUGACUUGGAACAUCGCCAAAAUCAACCCCAAAUGUGCUCCCGUGGAAAGCUAUCACCUCUUCCUCUGCCACGAGAACCCUAGCAAUAAGUUGAUUUGGAAGAAAAUUGGAGAAAUUAAAGCUCUACCCCUCCCCAUGGCCUGUACUUUAUCUCAGUUUUUAGCUUCCAACAAAUAUUAUUUUACUGUCCAAUCAAAAGACAUUUUUGGGCGAUAUGGACCAUUUUGUGAUAUAAAAUCUAUCCCUGGGUUUUCUGAAACCCUUACCUAA